GCGUGGGGUCUUGCUCGUUGUCGCUCGAUCUCCAGCCGCGCGCUCUGCUUCGGAGACCUCAGGCUGCAGCCUGCUGACACAUCGGCGGGCGCCCUUGGCCUCUGCCUGGCAUGAACCGUUACCUGCUGCCGGUGUCGGUGCUGGGCACCAUGGUGGGUGGCGCCGUGCUGUUCAAGGACUAUGUCACCGGCGGGGUUUGCCCUAGCAAGUCCACCAUACCUGGGAAGACGGUCAUUGUAACGGGUGCCAACACAGGCAUUGGGAAAUACACUGCCUUGGAACUGGCUAAGAGAGGAGGCAACAUCAUCUUGGCCUGUCGUGACAUGGAGAAGUGUGAGGCGGCAGCGAAGGACAUUCGUGGAGAGACACUCAACCACCGCGUCAAUGCCCGUCACCUAGACUUGGCCUCCCUCAAGUCCAUCCGAGAGUUUGCAGCGAAGAUCAUCAAAGAGGAGGAGCGAGUGGACAUUCUGGUCAACAAUGCGGCUGUGAUGCGGUGCCCACACUGGACCACCGAGGACGGCUUUGAGAUGCAGUUUGGUGUCAACCACCUGGGUCACUUCCUUCUGACAAACUUGCUGCUGGACAAGCUGAAAGCCUCAGCCCCUUCACGGAUCAUCAAUGUUUCAUCCUUGGCCCACAUUGCUGGGCAUAUAGACUUCGAUGACUUGAACUGGCAGAAAAGGAAGUAUAAUACCAAAGAAGCCUACUGCCAGAGCAAGAUGGCUGUUGUCCUCUUCACCAAGGAGCUGAGCCGGCAGCUGCAAGGCACAGGUGUGACCGUCAAUGCUGUGCACCCUGGUGUGGCCAGGACAGAGCUGGGCAGACAUACUGGCAUGCAUAACUCUGCCUUCUCCAGCUUCAUGCUUGGGCCUUUCUUCUGGCUGCUGUUCAAGAGCCCCCAACUGGCGGCCCAGCCUAGCACCUACUUGGCGGUGGCAGAGGAACUGGAGGGUGUUUCUGGAAAGUACUUUGAUGGACUCAAAGAGAAGGCUCCAGCUCCUGAGGCUGAAGAUGAGGAGAUAGCCCGGAGGCUCUGGGCUGAAAGUACUCGCUUGGUGGGCUUGGAUGUGUCCCGUGGAUCUUCUGUGAAGGGGUAGGCUCUCCCCAGAUAAUGUCUGGAACAGGUUUGAAAGCCAUCUGUGUCUGACCCAGGAUGGGACUGCAAGGAAGGCCAAGGAUGCUGCCAGCCAUGCCUUUAUCAUCCUCUAAGGGGCAGAGUGGACCCAGCCUCCAGAGCAAGGAUGCUGGGUACCAGGUCGUAAUCAUCCUGUUCACACAGUGUUGACACUGUGAACCUGAAAACCCAAGGAUGCUGGCUCCCGUGCCCUUAUCAUCCUCUGGGGGCAGUGUUGGUACCAUGUGAGCCUCAAGACCAAGGAAGCUGCAUGCCACAGCCUCUGUACCUGAAGAUUAAGGGUGCUGGCUGCUCUGCCCUCACCCUCAUCCUCUAGGGGCAGUGUUGCACUGUGUGAGCCUGAAGACAAAGGGCACUGGAUACUAGAUGCCAUUCUUCUUCAUCCUCUAGGGGCAGCGUUGGCACUAUGAAUCUGAAGACCAAGGAUGCUGACUGCCAUGCCCUCAUUACCCUGUAGGGGCAGUGUGGCCCCCUCUUUCUGUUAGCUGGCCGCAGCAAAUUGGAUUGCCAGAGGGUCCCUGACUCCGGGUGGCUGCCAUGAUGUACCCUGCUGUCAGUGGGCGGCUGGGCCAUCAGGGGCCUCCAUUUGGAGUCUAAGGGGACUGACCAAGAGUGGCAUCAGCCCCUCUGGUUGUGGGCAAUGUCAGGAGAGAUAGUGGUGGAGUGUUUGGUGCACUGUUAAGAACAGGUUGUCUGAUAGUCAUGGUUCCCUGUGGGACCUGUACACGUCUGUCUCAUCUCUGAGCCUGGGCUCUCCAACUGUAAACUGUGCAGAAUAACUACCACCUCAUGGAUGGUGUGGUGAUGAAUGAGCUCUGUGAAAGGCAGCUCUGUGUCCCUUGUUGGCAAAUGUUUACCGAGGACCUUCCGUGUGCCAGGCCCUGGACUGAGGCGCUGGGAGACACUGAUCCUGGCCUUGUUACCACCAAAUUGCUCAGGAAGAUGUGGAGUGAAAUCCACAGCUGCUGUCACUGAGGACCAGGAUUACCAGGGAUCAUGACCUGCCCUCUUUUUCCUGUGGCAAUUUUAAUCUCAGGUUUUCAAACUUAUAUUUUAAUAAUAAU